UUCCGGACGGCGUCCUCGCUCCGCGGGGCCCUUCUCGCCGCCUGCUUGUGAAUGAGACUCUCCGUUUCUCAAUGGAGCCGCGGGGGGCUCGGGCGGCCGCGGGGCGGCCGCAGCGUUGGCGGUGAGCCGGAGUGGGGCGCGUUUCCCUCGCUCCCUCCCGCUCGCCGCCGCGGCUUUUGAGGAACCAGGCUGAGGGGCGCCGCGCAGGUCGCGGGGCCCGCAUCCCCGAGGCCUCCUCGUCACGCUCUGGAGGAGCGGGAGCGCCGCCGAGGAAGCGGGACGCCGAGGCCGGCAGCCUUCAGGAAAUUUCCGCCGCGACCCUUCGCUCUGGGCUUAGAAAGUUCUUGAUUCCCUAGUUCCUUUUUUGAUCCCGAUUGACUAUUAGCUCCUCUUGCACUUUUUUUUUUUUUUCCGGGAGAGGAGGCGGAGUGUGAGGAAAGGAGCGAAGAAAAUAAUAAAGGAUUUCCGCCCAGAAGAGAGCGACAGUUCGGAGAGCUUUUUCUUAAGGGAACGAGCGGCGUUGGCGGCCGCCAGCCCCGCGGGCCCACCAUGCGCGAGCCGGCCUCGGGCUGCUGAGGCGCCGCGACGCGGAAGCGGAGGCCGCCAGCCCCGGGCUCUCCGCGCUCCGGGCCGCGGGUGUCCGCCGGGCGGCGGCGGCGGCGGCGGCUGCAUGGAGCCCGCGACCGCGCCCCAGCCCGCCAUGCCGCCGGAGCUGACCCCGGAGGAGGAGCAGGCCACCAAGCAGUUUCUUGAAGAGAUUAACAAGUGGACAGUUCAAUACAAUGUUUCCCCUCUGUCUUGGAAUGUGGCUGUCAAGUUCCUCAUGGCCCGGAAGUUUGAUGUGCUCCGUGCCAUAGAGUUGUUCCACUCCUACAGGGAAACACGAAGGAAGGAAGGCAUUGUGAAGUUGAAACCUCACGAAGAGCCUCUUCGUUCUGAGAUCCUUAGUGGAAAAUUCACCAUCUUAGAAUAUGAUCCAGGGGGUGCUGAGAGUCAGACAUGGGAUGAUAUGAACUUUCUUCCCUUUUUGGAGCAAUUGAUGCAAGUCAGAGAAAAUGUUCGGGAUCCAACAGGAGCCUCCAUUGCCCUCUUCACUGCCAGAUUGCAUCAUCCUCAGAAGUCAGUCCAACAUGUGGUACUUCAGGCUCUGUUUUAUUUGCUAGAUAGAGCUGUGGAUAGCUUUGAAACUCAGAGGAAUGGACUGGUGUUUAUCUAUGACAUGUGCGGUUCUAAUUAUGCUAACUUUGAGCUGGAUCUUGGCAAGAAAGUCCUGAAUCUGCUUAAGGGAGCAUUUCCAGCUCGUUUGAAGAAAGUAUUGAUUGUGGGAGCACCCAUAUGGUUCCGAGUGCCCUAUUCCAUCAUCAGCCUCCUCCUGAAGGACAAAGUCCGGGAGAGGAUUCAGAUAUUAAAGACGUCUGAGGUCACCCAGCACCUGCCCAGGGAGUGCCUUCCAGAAAACCUGGGUGGGUACAUCAAAAUUGACCUCGCCACUUGGAAUUUCCAGUUCCUACCCGAGAUGAAUGGCCACCCGGAUCCCUUCGAUGAGAUCAUCCUGUUCUCCCUCCCUCCUGCCUUAGACUGGGACUCGGUACAUGUUCCAGGUCCCCACGCCAUGACGGUCCAAGAGUUGAUGGACUAUGUUAGUACCAGGCAAAAGCGGGGGAUAUAUGAGGAGUAUGAAGACAUCCGUCGUGAGAACCCUGUUGGCACUUUCCACUGUUCCAUGUCUCCAGGAAACCUAGAGAAGAACCGCUAUGGAGAUGUACCCUGCCUGGACCAAACGAGAGUGAAGCUGACAAAACGAAGUGGCCACACUCAGACAGAUUACAUCAAUGCCAGUUUCAUGGAUGGCUACAAGCAGAAGAAUGCUUACAUUGGUACACAAGGCCCUUUGGAGAAUACCUAUCGUGAUUUCUGGCUCAUGGUAUGGGAACAAAAAGUCUUGGUGAUUGUCAUGACCACCCGCUUUGAGGAGGGCGGCAGGAGAAAGUGUGGUCAGUACUGGCCUUUAGAAAAAGACUCUCGGAUCCGAUUUGGCUUCCUCACAGUGACCAAUCUAGGCGUGGAGAACAUGAACCAUUAUAAGAAAACAAAGCUAGAAAUUCACAACACAGAGGAACGGCAGAAACGCCAGGUGACCCACUUUCAGUUCCUAAGCUGGCCAGAUUAUGGUGUCCCUUCUUCGGCAGCUUCCCUCAUUGACUUCUUGAGAGCGGUCAGGAACCAGCAGAGGCUGGCCGUCGGCAGCAUGGGAGCGCGCUCCAAAGGGCAGUGCCUUGAGCCACCCAUUGUGGUCCAUUGCAGUGCAGGCAUUGGCAGGACAGGUACUUUCUGCUCACUGGACAUCUGCCUGGCACAGCUGGAGGAGCUUGGCACCCUUAAUGUGUUCCAGACGGUGUCUCGCAUGAGGACCCAGAGGGCCUUCAGCAUCCAGACCCCUGAGCAGUACUAUUUUUGCUACAAGGCAAUCCUGGAGUUUGCAGAGAGGGAGGGCAUGGUGCCUUCCAGCCACAACCUCCUGGCCAUGGAGGAUCAGUAACUGUCCCACGAGCCUCCUACCUGCUGGCCAGCCUUCCUUAAACUACCCUGGACACUGCUGAGCCUAUAGGUUGCCAUCAGUUACGCUGAAGCCAUGGACCAAACUCUUUCUUGUGUUUCCCGGCACAUGCGUGCUCACAAGGCAGUCUUUCCCUUUGGCUAGAUAGAUAUGGUGAAAUUGCUGCUAGAAAGGGCCAGCAGCAAUGUAUUCUUAAUUCCUAGCACCUGCUAUCGAACUGUGCCUUAUUAAAACCAGAUUGUGGCUAUCAGUUUUUGCCAGGGGCCCCGAGGUAAGUGGGGGAAGGAACCUCCUCCCCCUUUCCCAAUGCCAUUCUCCUUCUCGAGGUUGCUCCCAUUCCUUCCCUUUGCUAGAAUUUGAUGGGGAGGUUUGGUGAGCAUCCACCUUCCUUCCCAAAGAGCUUGACCAUGUUACAUAUUCUAGAGAACGUCUUGAGUGCCAAGCACGUUUAUACCUAGGGCGUGUAUUCCAGUCUUUUCUGUCAUUCUGUGUGUGUGUGUAUGUGCACUUAUGUGUAUGGGUCCAUAUGUACGUGUGUAUAUAAUAUAUAUUGUAUGUGAUAAUAUGGUUGUAUUCUAUAAAUACAUAUACACAGAGAUACUCCUUUGUAGAACUUCCUGGGGCUUGUGUUGUAGUUCAGGACUCCUUACUUCUUGGACUCUGCUGUUUAUCCUGCACUAGCUGUGGUUGGAGUUCAUGUUCCUGUUGUCAGACCACAGAGUGAUGGAAGAGGACAUGCACACAUCCACUCUCCGUGCUCCUGCCACAGGCCCUCACCCUUACGUAAUGACUUAUCUCUUUUCAGAAUGCUGCCUGUUGGAGCCAAGAACACUGAUUUGUGGUGACACUGGUUUAAUUCAGCAUGGAUUACCCUAUCUAAUGAUUUUUGUCUGUUUACUUUGCUGAUUUGGGGAAUAGACCUCCACUGUGAUUCCAGACCCUCUCUUUCCUCCUCCCCAUCCCUUGAGGAUUGGUGUCUGGGGGUAGAGAUGAACUCACUGAGCAGCCAGAGCCAAAAGCAAUCAGUAUGAAGUCUUAGAAGGAAAGAGAGGGAGCUGAGGUGUGAGAGAGAGGAAACUACCGUGAGAAUCUCUCCUUGGGAGAAUGAGUUGGUGCCCUUUCUUCUUUUGCUAGAAGGUUCCUUUCCUUAUGCAACUUGGUCCUGUCCACUCAAAUGCCCAUCUCUUUCUGUCUACUAGUGUGCCAGACCCUGGAGCUCAAGCUGGGUGGGUUUUGUUUCAAUAAAAAGCAUAACCCGGGCCCAGCCCCGUGGCCGAGUGGUUAAGUUCGUGCGCUCUGCUUCGGCGGCCCAGAGUUUUGCUGGUUCGGAUCCUGGGUGCGGACAUGGCACUGCUCAUCAGGCCAUGCUGAGGCGGCAUCCCACAUGCCACAACUAGAAGGACCCACAACUAAAGAUACACAACUGUGUACUGAGGGGCUUUGGGGAGAAAGAGGAAAAAUAAAAUCUUUAAAAAAAAAAAAAAGCUUACCCCCUGGCUGGGUGAGGAGUCCCUUGCAAUCACUGUUUGCCCCCUACUCAUCCACCCUAUCCCUGUCUGCUCCAAGCCUGCCCAGCCUGAUGUGCCAGGGAUCGAAUCAAGAGUCCCCAGCACUCCACAUUCCUAAGAAAAUCCCAGGAACCUCUAAACCUUCUUCCCCCAUCACAGAUGAGGUUGGCAGCUGAUCAGACCUCAAUAAUUUUAUACUGUAAUAAGCUCUUUGAAUGUACAUAUUCUUAUUUUUACAAUUUUUCAUUUUGUAUUUAACAUCAAUGGACUGAGUCAGAUUCAGAAAAUAAUUGUAAAUGUUCAUAUUCAAUAUCUUACAGCGAUACAGUUUUGUAUUUACAUAUAAAUAUACUGACAUGAUCAAA